CCUGCAGACUUCCACGUCCCCUCAGAGUAUUUAACCAACAUCCACAUAAGGGACAAGUUAGCAGCUAUCAAGUUGUCUCGAUACGGUGAAGAUCUGCUGUUUUAUCUUUACUAUAUGAACGGAGGAGACCUACUACAACUCCUGGCUGCAGUAGAACUCUUUAACAGGGACUGGCGGUACCAUAAAGAGGAGCGGGUUUGGAUCACCCGGGCUCCCGGUAUGGAGCCCACGCUGAAGACCAACGCCUACGAGAGAGGGACCUACUACUUCUUUGACUGCCUCAACUGGAGGAAGGUGGCCAAGGAGUUUCAUCUGGAGUACGACAAACUAGAAGAGCGACCUCAUGUUCCCUCCACCUUCAACUACAAUCCUGCCCAGCAGGCCUUCUGAUUGGCUCUCCCUCCUCCUGCCUGCCUGCCAUUGGCCCUCCUGGCUCAUCAGUCAUCGGUUUUUCUUUUCUUUUUUUGGGUCCCACCUCCACUCCCACACUCAAAGUGAAAUCUGGCCAAUAAGGACUUUGGACGCCCUCUCAAACACCUCUCUGAAUAGACUUUAUCAUUUUAAACUUUUUUCUGAUUUUGUUUUUUCUUUACCUCAUUCUCUCCAUUUUUUUUUUUUUGUUUUUUUUUGUUUUAAAUUUUAUUUCCCACCCUCCUCCUCCCAUGAGUUUGGUUUGGUUGAUCUGUUUAUGUGGAGCACAAACUUUAAUGUCAGCAGAGACAGCACAGUACAAAACAGAGAAGACUGUCAGUGCUGUAAAUAACUGUCCAUCUGAUGGAGUGAUUCACGUUUCUAUUCAGUCUUAAGAAUCGACUAUUUUUGUCUAGUAAAGCUUUUAAGAAGAACCAGAUUUUAACACAGAUCACAGGAUUCAAUCACCUGUCAGAAUGGAUAAUUAUUUCACACUGCGUCACACUGCCUCUCCGGCAUUUUGGCAGGAACUGAAAAUAUUUAUCAUUUGUCUAUUUUUACCAGGUUUUUUUCAGCAUUACAGAUCAGACACGCAUCAGCAGACAGUCGACAGUCAGGAGAGGAAAUGCAAUGUACAUUGUAGCACUAUUUCAUAAUAAAAGAAGA